CCAUCUCAUUAUGACCUUGUCAGGAGCCUGUAGUGACAUCAGAUCCCUGAUUAUUAGUACCAUGGCUUUGACAAAUUUCUGAGAUCCCAAAUUGUCCAGGUAGCAGGAACUGAAGAGGGUGAUCUGGGUGGUCAGGCCUGAAGAAAUCCCCUCACAAUUGCCGAAGAAAUGGCUCUCACACCCACAAAUCUAAAUAACGAGAUGUCUCUGCCGAUGAAGAUGGACUGCCAGGAACAAGAGUUGACUGAGAAAAACAAUAGCUUUUUCCAAAAGCUCAAUGUGACUAAAAGUGUAAUGCAGGAUUUGCUAAAGGAAAUUAUCAAAGUGGACUACAUCUUAGACCGAUCAGAUGACGAGGACGACAUUUCCUCCGAAAACCCUCAAACUGACUUCCUUCACAAGGGUAUGUUGGAGCUGGAAGCUAAGCAUGACCAGGACCUGGGUAAACAGGAUAAGCAAGAAACAGAUGUGGAUGAGUACCCUCAAGCAUCUACAUCUCUGCAGUUUUCAAAGAAGAACCUCCUUGAAUUCUUAUUAAAAGACAUGCUGACCCUGAAGGGUCAAAUUGACAAGCUGGAGGACCGGGGCCUUGACCUUGAUCAAGGGACAAACACUGAGGUGAAUGCUUGUAAUGAAGUUUAUGAAUUAAAGAAGAAAGUCAUGGAAAGUCUGGAGGACCUUUGCAAGAACGUGGAACUGCUGAGUGCAAAGCUGAGGAUGUAUCAAAUGGAGGGAGAGAACACCGACUCUCACAGUUCUGAAGAAACAGAUAUGGAAGAGAUGGAGACCCUGCUUCCUCAGGCCCCAGCAUCCUUUUUAGUGCAGAACUCUCCUCCUCCCAAUACAGUGUGGAAAUGUGCACUGAGGAUUUUCAUCAUGUUUUAUGUCCUCACCGUCACUGGACUUUUAUGUUACAUACUAUUUUUUGGUGCUACAUUUCUCUUUGAAAGGGUGCUUCUGAGAAUGCUUGGGUGCCGCACCACAUGGGACCUACGGGAGAUGAUAGAGCCUUUCUUGAAUUCGGAAGUGGAAGCCUUGCUACCCUCCUAAAGAUACAGAAGAUACUGUCACCCUACUGGCUUUCUCCCCAGUAAAGAUUGUUGCUGUUCCUGUAUUGUGGUGGCUAACUUAUUUUUCAAAAAAUACUGUACAAGGUUUUUGUAAAGAACAUUGUAAUUACACAGAAGUUGAUUGAUCCUGGAAAAAAAAUGAAAACAGCUUAUCUUUACUCUUA